AUGAAGAUAUUUAGUUGGAUGCAAAACAAGCUUAAUGGAAAAGAAAGGAGAAGCAAACCAAAUUCAGCAUCAGCAACUGAUCAUAUCAUGCACCAAACCUGUAAAGAAGAAUUCAGUGAUUGGCCAAAUGGAUUGCUUUCUAUUGGAACACUUGGAAACAGCGCUCUGAAACUUCCAGAAAAUUCCAAUCUUCAACAAAGCUUAUCAUCCUGUCAGGAUCAGCCAAAAGAUAACCUUAAAUCGGAAAAGCACAUUGACUGUUUGCCUAGCUUGGAACAUAAUAAAACUUCCGAUAAGUCGAUAAAUGGUGAUUCAGAAAACAAAGACAGUAAUCUCCAGCAAUCGAUCAGUGUAGUCCCUAGCAGAGAAUCAGAUAUUCGAUUGCAUAACACAGCAAAUAGUAUUGGUAAAAAGUCAUUGUCUUUUCUUUUUAAGAAAGCAUUCCUCUGUGGAGGCGGAUUCAGUUCAGCUCCCUUCUUAAGGGAUCCAUUUCCAGAGCCAAAAUUGGAUAAAUCAAAAAUGGAGAAGAUUUUAGGGGAUAUCCUACAGAAAAAGAUUUACCCCCAAAGUUCUACUCAAAUGACUACCGCAAAGAAAUACUUGUAUAUGCCUGAAAGUGAAAGUGAAAGUGAAAGUGAAGGAAGUAAAUGGGUGAAAACAGACUCAGAAUGUCUUCUGUGGGAUGUGCAUAUUUUUGCCAUGGCUUAUUGUGAUGAUAUCUCGUUUUGCCAUGGUUGGCUAAGCAUUGUGUAUAUCUCCAAACUUCACAUUUUUGUUCAAUGGGGGAAGAAAGAGCAGAUUUUUACUAGUUUUUUCCUGGUAUCUGGAAAAAUGUUAUUUGUGCGAAAAUCAUGUCUUGCUGUACAAUCUACUCUAUAG